CCAAACCAAACAACCCACAAAUAUAUAUAUUCAUAAACCCUAAAUCCAACAACAAUAAUCUCAUCAAUUCAGGUGCAUUCAAGUGUGUGUGUUUUAAGCAAAAAGAUGUUGGAUUUCGGUAGAGUUCAAAAGGAGCUUCAAGAAUGCAACAAAGACAUCAAUCUUUCUGGUAUCAGUGUAAACCCUAAAUUUGACAAUCUCAUCAAUUUAAUCGGCUCAAUCCCCGGCCCUGUUGGUACUCCGUACGAAGGUGGAACCUUCAAGAUUGAUAUCGAUUUGCCCGAUGCAUACCCAUUUGAGCCACCAAGGAUGAAGUUUGCAACUAAAGUUUGGCACCCGAAUAUCAGCAGCCAAAGCGGGGCCAUUUGUUUGGACAUUUUGAAGGAUCAGUGGAGCCCAGCCCUUACUUUGAAGACCGCGCUUCUUUCUAUACAGGCCUUACUCUCGGCCCCUGAACCCGAUGAUCCACAAGAUGCUGUCGUGGCACAACAGUAUCUUAAGGACUAUCAAACAUUUGCAAGCACCGCUCGUUACUGGACGGAGUCAUUUGCAAAGACAUCUUCUCUCGGGGUUGAAGAGAAGGUACAAAAGCUUGUGGAGAUGGGGUUCCCUGAAGACUUGGUUAGGAAGACCCUGGGAGCUGUUGGUGGUGACGAAAACUUGGCUUUGGAGAAGCUUUGUUCCGCCUAAAUAUAACCGUCUCUGUUAAGACUUUGAAAAUCCUUUUUUUUUAACAAUAUAGGAUGAAGAAAACCUUACAACCAAAUGAUAAAUAUGAAAUCAAAUUGUUGGUUUUGGACA